AUGAGUCGACGGGAAGAAAAAGACGACCUAGUGCAUCAUGUGAACGAUGUGCCAAGCAUUCCGACUAUUCUUCUGCUCGGCUUCCAGCAAAUGAUGAUCUGCCUUUCGAUGCUCCUCGUCAUUCCUUUCUUGAUUUCGGAGAUGGUUUGUCCCGGCGAUAAGGAGACCGAGAUACGGUUCGUCGUCAGAAUGAUCCUUUUUGUUCACUCGAAUUGCAUUCAGAGUCCACUUGAUUUCUGCCUCCUUCGUCACUUCUGGAAUAGCGACGCUUCUGCAGACGACGUUCGGAAUGCGGUGAGAGUUUCAUUAUGAAAGAGCUCUCCUCAAGAAGUUCCGAUUUGAAGACUGGCAAUCCUCCACGGUCCUUCAUUCGCAUAUCUCCCCGUUCUGAAUACUUUCCAGGCAACUUACCCUUGCAACGCAAGCACGGAUACGAGUGAAUGGCAGCACAAAAUGCAGAUGGUACCUCUAGAUUCCUUUUAAAUUCAUCCUAAGAUCCCUAGAUAUCCGGAAGUUGCCUCGUCGCCGUUCUCGUAAUGCCUUUGAUGGGUCUCACGGGCCUCAUCGGCCUGCUUUCCCGCUACAUCGGACCGAUAACAAUCGUGCCGAUCAUGAGUCUUCUGACCAUCAGUGCCGUUCCGGACGUCGAGCAGAAGAUGUCAUUGCAUUGGAUGGCUUCUGUGUAACUUUUCCUCUUCUGACGUUCCGGUCACCUGCAAUCUUUCAGAGAGUUUCUCAUACUCGUGGUGUUCAUUGUACUCCUGGAAGAGUGGGAAAUGCCUCUUCCCGCGUAUUCCUUCCGCAAGAAGAAGUUCUUUUUUGUGAAACGAAGAAUCCUGAGUCAGUUCCCAGUAAGCUCAUAAUCGAUUUCCAUGAAUCGAACUCAAAUUUCAGUACAUAAUCGGCAUAGCAAUCGGAUGGUUCAUCUGCUUUAUUCUAACCGUUAGCAAUGUGAUUCCGAGGGACAGUCCCGCCCGAACGGACCAGAACUUGAGUCUUCAAACGCUUCGGAGCACUCCGUGGUUCCAUGUUCCCGUUCCCGGACAGUACGGAAAGCCUUCAGUCGAUGUCUCUCUUCUUUGCGGCUUCAUCGCUUCUAGCUUUGUAGCAAUGAUUGAAAGCAUCGGCGACUACAGUAAACCUUCCCUCCGUCUUUAAAUUGUACAGUUUCUUGUAUUCAGACCUCUGCGCAAAACUAUCGAAGCAAGGAAGGAUCCCGUCCUCCAAUCUGAACAGAGGGUUCGUCGUCGAAGGCAUCGGAUGUAUGCUCUCUUCGUCGUUCGGAAUCGGCACCGGCAUCACUACGUACGCAGAGAACAUCGCUAUCAUGUCGGUCACCAAAGUGGCCAGUCGUAUCACAAUGCAGGUCGCCGGGUUAUUCCUUCUCAUUGCGGGGGUCUUCCCCAAGAUCUCAGCUGUCCUUUCCAUGAUCCCCGAGCCUGUCGUCGGCGGCGUUUUGGCAAUUGGCAUCUGUAUGGUGAACGGAGUAAUGCUGAGGAACUUGACGGUCUGCUCGGAGUGCCAAAGAUGUGAAUCCCUUUUUCGGAUUUCAGACCGUCGACCUCCGACUUUCACGGAAUUUGACAAUAGUGGGAAUUGCCAUCAUAAUGGGAUUGACAGUUGCGAUGCACUUCGAAAAUAACCCAUUGAGAACUGGACACAAGACUGUGGACGACGUGUUCGGAACUCUUCUCACUAUCCGAAUGCUCAUUGGAGGCAUUAUUGCGUUCACUUUGGAUAACAUCACGCCUGGUAUUUAAACAAGAAUUCUUCCCUUCAACUUCAAUCUGAUCCUUCAGGCGCCACACGUGAACAGCGAGGAUUCAGAAGCGACGACGAAGACGGAGAGGACGGAAUUCCCGUGGAACACAAUGGAUUCGCAUUGCCCACGUGGAUCAACAGGUAUUUUGAAGUGACAAUGUUCGUUUACUAUUAUUAUUAUUUUAGACUUGUUCUCAAAGUGCGCUGGCUGACAUACUUGCCGCUGGUUCCAUCUCGAGAUGAAAUAUUAGAUAUUGAAGAGAAACGAAUGGAAAUUAAAUACAAGCUGUAA